GCCCCGCCCGUCGGAUCCGUUCCCCACCCGGCGCCGUCUCCCCCCGUGCCACCCGACGCCGCGCGACCCGGACCCGCCGUGCAGCCCCGCUGUGUAGGGUUUCAGCCGCCGCCGCCGCCGCCCACCUAUCCCGGCUGCCCGCCAGGAACGCCUCGACUAGACCGCAAUACAUAGUCGCUGGAGAAGAUAGAGAUGUCCCAUCGCAAGCGUCUCCGCCGAAUCGGCGAGGGCGCUGCCACCGUGCCAGUGACUGAGGAGGCCGUGAAGAAGGACAUACGCGCGCUGCUCAACCAGAUCUACGACUUCUACAAGGCGGCGCUCGACCAGCUGCCGACGGAGGAGAUCCCCUCUCUGGCCCCGCGCCUUCUCAGCGCCGGCGUGUGCUUCGGCGUGCUGGAUCCGGUCUCCAACAUCAUCGCCAACGCCAUCUCAUACUCCCCCCCUUCACCGACGCCCACCAAUCCCGACGACGAUGAUGACGAGGAGAAGGCGGCCCAACCGCACACGAGGGAGUCAGUUUUGUCCAGGAUCGUCAGCGAUACCGACGACUUCCUCCACCUCCGGCUGUCCGCAAAGACAGCCGAACGCAUGACCGUCGCCCGGCGGUCGCUCGAAGGCCUUGUAAGCUUCCUCAUUUUCUACUUCCGCUACCUCGCGGAGACUGAAGCGCUGCGCUACCUGCGCUUGGCCGGUGCUGACCUCCUUGCCGCCGUGCGGCUCAUCUUGCUGGACCGUAACAGCAGCAUCCACCCACAGAGAGGCAAACCCGGGUUCAGUGUCAUCUCCCUCACCACCAAGGUAGCCCUUGGCUGUGCUGCUGUCUCUGCAAAGCACCCUGAACCACCGACCUUUCUGAGAGCGUCGCAGUUGUUGGCAGCUCAGCUGGACAAUGCCUCCAUGAUUCUGCCCGUGCUGCACAAGGGCCGCCCCAUCUCGUCUGCAAAUUUGAAGCGCCUCAGCAAGUUGCUAAAGCGAGAGCCCAGGAACAUCGAGCUCACAGAUCUCUGUUACUGGCAACCUUUGCAGCUUGCUGGUUCGCGGUAUCAUGAUGCCAGGAAGAAGACGAAGAGAAAGAAGGAGAAGCUGCCAUCAGGGGGCUGUGCUGGAUAUGUGGAAAUGAGGAAGAAGAGAAAGGUGAAGCAGCUGCCAUCUGGUGCCUCUUCUGAAUAUACAAAGAGGGGGAGGAGGAAGAGAAAGGCGAAGGAGGUGUCAUCUGGGGCCUCUGCUGAAUAUACUGAGAGUAGGAAGGAAGUGACUGCAACAUUCCGCUACACUCAAACAUUGAAGCUCUUGCUCCUUGACAAAAUUCAUGCACAUUACCUGGAAGCACUUGCCCGUCUACCGGGAGGUGUCUUGCGCAAGUGUCACCACAGCAGCCUCCUCAGGGCUGGUUAUUGUUAUGGCCCAAUGGAUCCUGUCUCCAACAUCAUUCUCAACACAAUUUGGUAUGCUGCUACAUUCCCCACUCACUGUGAUUUUGAGGUCACUAUGAUAUGCACUAAGACACUUCGGCGCAUAGAGUGCUGCUCUCUUUAUGGCCUGGUUGCCUUUCUCCGUGGCCUCUUCAAUACACUCACAGAACACGAAGCUUUAUGGUACUUGCUUGUGAGCAAUAUUGAUGCUGCUUCAGCUGUCACAAUGGCAGAACAGCAUGAUCAUGUUAUGUCUGGUGCGUACCAAGAAGCCUAUAGCAAUGCCGCGCUGAACUCAUGGCACCCUGAUCCUGACGCAUUGUUGAAGCUAACCAUGUCACUCCUGCUAAUGGCACCGGUUGAGUUAUCGUUUUUGUUGAAUGAUUGUGCACUCUCAAAUAGUGAAGUUGAGCAGCUCGGCAUGGCUCUGUCAUCAUUGUUUGAGGUGCAGGUUUCACCACUGGACCAGGAAGAGAUCCUAUCUGUGAACCAGAAAAGAUUCAUAUCAGACAUCAGAAAGAAGUUUCAGGAUGAUCAAGAGUUCUUUGCCAGCAAGGUUAAUGCUGCAUUGAGCAACUAUUCCAAGAAAAACGGGGGACACUUUGAAAUUCAUAUUAUUUGCGGUGUGAAUCCUAAUGUAAGCGAAGGUGCAAGGUCACAUAUCAACUUUUGGGCAAUACCCAAGGGAUCAAAUGUUGCUAGCACUACUCCUAUACUGUUCUUUGCUGAAUGUAGCAAUGAUGCUGAUGAGGAAGAGGAAUCAAUGUGUUUCUCUUUAUCUUCUGCUUCAAUUGAUUCCGUGCGCUGCUUUGACUGUGAAUACUAUGGAAUAAAGAUUGUGCAUCCGUGUGAUGAAGUGUAUCAUGGGAAUGGUGAGGAUUUCAACAUAAUGGCUAUUGGAGAACACAGCAUCAGCAAUGAGUUGCUCAUUAGCUCCUGCCAGUUUCAUGUUGACAUGGUGCAUGUAUUGGAUGAGGACUGGAUCUAUUUUGAUUCGAAGCUAGACGCCAAGAUUGCUGAGAGGAACAUGAUGGAUGACGGUGCUUUUAAGAUAUGGAGGUGGAAGGGCAGAAUCUUUUGAGAGGCAAGUUGCUGGAUGAACCCUAGCGGUUGCUGUCAGAAUCUUCAGAAUGCACUACUUGUGAAUCGAUGACUCCAUAUUUCAGUGAUAGUGCGCCUUAGUUUGAGAGACUAAGGUUGAUGGACAUGUGCUUUUUGUUAGUGUAAUAGGUGCCGCUAGAUUUUUGCAGACAAAGUUUGCUGGGCAUGGAUCAGUAGGCAGCUGGCGCUCCAAACAAUAUCAGGAGUGCAUUGCCUCCACAAGUACCUAGUCAAUUUUAAGCAUUUUGUACACAUUUAGUGGGAGAUAUUUGCGUCUGGGAAUUCCUUA